AUGAAGGUCUCCGGUAGCACAUGGGACACAAAUCUCGUCUCUGCCUCUGGGCAUUACAUCAGCGUUAACUGGAAUGCAUUUGGGGGUGGCCCAUUUACCAUACUUCCCCUUCCCUCCACUUUUGCAGCUAUCCCAAACUUUCCAUACAAACUUCCUGAGGUCAUUCCCCUCGCAUGCAGUCACACAGCCCCCAUCCUCGACACCGAUUGGUCCCCACAUAAUGACUUCAUCAUUGCCUUGGGUGGUGAAGACAGCAAGGUCAUGAUCUGGAAGGUCGAGUCUUCCGCUUUUGAAGACUGGGGCCAGGAUCAUUGGGUACCGGUAAACUUUGACCCUGUCGCCCACAUCAAUGCAUCACCACAUAAGAUUGGCCAAGUUCUCUUCCACCUCACCACAUCCAACAUCCUCAUCAGUGCGUCCAGCGAAUACACAGUCAAGCUUUGGGAUUUUGCUGACACUGAUCAUACACGCUCUGUUCUCACCAGACACAAAGAUACCAUUCAGCAUCUCGCUUUCAAUCCUGCUGGCACACCCAUGACAAUGACCUGUAGAGAU